AUGUCCAUCCGUUUGGCGGCGUCCCUCACACGAGCUUGCGUCAUCUCGGCUGUGGCCGUCUAUGCUACGACAACAAGAAGAACAAACUCUGGUGAGGCCUUUGCAUGGCGUCCUCUUGGACAGCAGUCCUCAUCAGUUUCUGGCAGUGACCUUCUAUCAACUCGGUUGACUCGCACAAACCGGACACCCCAUCAGGUAUCUGAUUGA